UUGCUGUGUGACAGACCCCUUCGGACGUGUUGGUUUGAAGAAAGUAAACGUUGUUUUGUAGGUUUAGCUCUGCCCUGUUUACUGAUUAUCCGCUAGCGUUUGAACUGGCCACUUUCACAUCACUUUCGGGGGCAAGGGAACAAAAUCCUACACAUUUCAGAUUAGUAGCUGGCAACGUUGGCAAGGGCAAAUGAAUUGGCAGUAACAGGAUAUGCGAUGUGACUGGCCCGACUGUACCCAAACUUGUUUCCGUCUAUGUGUGAAGGGCAGCGCGGGGAUCCGAACUCGGCGCCAUGGAGGGGAAAGAGGCGAGUUUCUCCGACCGCUACGAACCGGUGGCCGAGAUCGGGGAGGGGGCGUACGGUAAGGUUUACAAGGCCAGAGACAGGAACAACGAAGGUCGCUUCGUGGCUCUGAAGAAAGUGCGAGUUCAGACCGGGGAAGAAGGGAUGCCUCUCUCCACCAUCCGGGAGGUGGCUGUACUGAGGCAACUCGAGUCCUUCGAGCAUCCCAACGUGGUCAGGUUAUUUGAUGUAUGCACCGUAUCUCGAACAGACCGAGAGACAAAAUUGACUCUUGUUUUCGAACAUGUUGAUCAAGAUUUAACUACCUAUUUGGAGAAAGCCCCUGCACCUGGAGUUCCUCCCGAAACAAUUAAGGAUAUGAUGUUCCAGCUGCUUCGUGGACUAGACUUUCUUCAUUCACAUCGUGUGGUUCAUCGAGACUUGAAGCCCCAAAACAUACUUGUAACCAGCACUGGCCAAAUCAAGCUGGCUGAUUUUGGCUUGGCACGCAUCUAUAGUUUCCAGAUGGCACUUACCUCAGUGGUUGUCACUUUGUGGUACCGGGCACCAGAAGUUCUGCUGCAGUCUAGUUAUGCAACACCUGUUGACCUAUGGAGUGUUGGCUGCAUAUUUGCAGAAAUGUUCCGUCGAAGUGCCCUUUUCCGUGGUAAUUCAGAUGUUGAUCAAUUAGGAAAAAUUUUUGAUGUACUUGGUCUUCCAAGUGAGGAUGAUUGGCCUCUAGAUGUGGCGCUACCAAGAGAUGCAUUUUCAACACGAUCUCCACAACCAAUACAGGACUUAGUGCCAGAGAUAAAUGAGCCAGGGAAAGACCUGCUGCUGAAAUUUUUAACCUUUAACCCAGAGAAGAGAAUAUCUGCUUUCAGUGCACUGUCUCAUCAAUAUUUUAUGGACCACGAGAAAUACACUGAAAAUCAGAACUUGUGUCUGUCUCCAAACCAGUCAUCUUCAGAGGGGAACACUGCUUAACACCUGCUAGAAGAACACAAGGCUGCAAGAUGUGCUGAUUUCUUAGGCGAUUUCAUUUGUCAAGCAUUGAAUUCUUGGUCAUACAUUAUACUCUCGCAAAGAUUACUUGACAACUCAAAUAUUUUACAGUAUGACACAAUCUCAUCAGUAUGCUGCUUUUAAAAUAUGCCUCUUAUUUGUGCUUUCUUGAUUAUAUAACCCAUUGGAGGUUUACUGUUAAUGAAACAAUGCAAAAACUGUUGCGGCUCCUCCGCCACAUCAUCCCUAUCCAUCCUGCCCCAGGAAAUUUCUGGACUCAGUUAGCUGCUGUCUAUUCACAAAUGCUGCAAAAUCUUGUUACCUGAAUAUGGCGUGCUGCAAAUGUGAAGUAUUUGGAAAAAUGGAAUAAAGUCACUGCCAAACUACCGAAUACCAUCACUGCCAAUCCUGCCAGAGUUUUUUCUCCAGCUGCUAUGGCCAGAAUUUGAACGUUAUAAGAUAAGGCAUAUUAAAUGUCCUCACUGAAGAAUGUAGUUUUUUUUUUAAAUGAUCUUUAAAUAAUAAACCAUUAAAGGUGAAA